GGUUGGGCACAUACCUAUCUAGACACCAUUGACUUGCCUGGUCAAAGACUAAGGCUUAGACAUUUCGUGCCUGGGAAAUGGUGCAGUUUAUCUUUAAGGAUGCUAGAAAAAUAAGAGAUGAGGCUCACGUUGCACGGAUGACAUCACUAGCUUUUGGCUGCGCGCUCCGUGUUCUCGUCUGUGGGUUUUAGCCAAGGCUGCAGCGCCCGGCGCCCGAGCGAGCGAGCGCGGCAGCGGCUUCCUCCGGCGCUCGCAGCCGGGCGAUGCGAUUUCCCGAGCACCCCGGGCACAGCCGGGGCUCUCGCUCCCCAGCACCCGCCCCGCCCGCGAGGCCCCGGAGCCGCCGCGGCUAGAGGAGAAGGCAGCGACCCAGCCUCCCUCCCCCACCCUCGCCCCAUUCACCUCGGCGGCCACCGCGCGCCAGGAGCCUGAUCGUGGGACGUUGAGACCGGGACGGGAUUCUCUGCACGCUGCCGAGUGAGCCGGCGCCUCGGGUGGGCUGCGAAGAAAAUGGUGCAGUCUGAGAGCGGCUGACUCCAGUUGGGCAGAGCAGACAGCUACAGUGCGGGCUCGGGUGGCGGGAGAAGGGGGCGGAUUGUUUUGAAGGGCCGGGGCCGCUGUUUUCCUCGGUGCCUGCAGCAUUUUCUUUGCACCUGGGCAGCACGUUCCCGGGGCUACUUGGGAGCCAGAUGAAGUGAGGCAGAGGCGUCGCGGGAGAGGCGGGUCUGGAACCUGCCGGGUGGACACUGAGGAAGAAGAGGGCGCUGGGGAGAUCGGCAUGACGCCCCGGGGGCUGGCUGCCCAGCUGGCGGUGAGCCCCGAUCGCGCGACCUGUCCAUGGUGUUGAAGGCACCGCGAGCCGAGCUCCGCGCGCCCCGCGCCGUGCGCCCUGCCGGGUGCACCCUCCUCUGCGCAGCCUGCCCCUCGCGCCCGCCAGCUGCCGCCCAGUCGUCCUCAGUCCCGGGCCAAGGCUCGUCCCCUAACGCCGUCCGAGUGACCGCGCCGUCGGCCCGUGGGGCCUCCUGAAUGGCGAGGCCAGACGCAGACGACCCGAGAGCCCGCGCGGAAAGGUCGGCCGCGACCGUGCGCCCACGGGGAGCCCGCCUCUGAGAACAGCGCGCUGGCCAGACAGAGCAAGGGACCUGCUGGUGACCAGAGGACGGAGAUUUUAAAAAGACCCGACCCAGAGAGGAAGAACAUUUCUUCGCUUGCAGACCGGAAGGGGGAGAGUCGCUGAGUGGGAGACCCAGGCGGGACUCAGGACAGCCGGCCCUGGCAUCUGGAGGUUUCCUUCGCUGGCCGGCCGCAUCGCGGGUGCCGGAGUUCAUUCGGUCGUCGCGCAGCUCCUCGUGAUAGCCCCUCACCCCAAGAAAAAGGCAGGCGAGGGGUCCCAUCGCUACCCUGCACAAAGAAAGCCCGGCAGCCCCACUGCAGCCGAGGGCACUUGGUGUUUAGUUUCCGGCCGCGUACGGACGCGGCCGGUUCAGGGCAGUCGCUUCUUGCGGGGCAGGGAGGGGGCGGGAGGCGGUCUUGUUCCGCUCGCCGCCGCCCGAGGCUGCACCUGCCCCGGAGGAUGCCCAGGAGCCCGCCCGAGCCUCCCCGGAUCAGAACUUUUUAGGCUGCCCGCCCCCAUCCCCGCAGUCCCUGGGCCGCGCGCACUGGCAGGCGGGGGCGAGGGGGAGCCGCCGCGCGAGUCCCCCCUCCGGUCCCCCUCCCCCCCUUGCUCGGCCGCCCGCCGCUUUGUUCCGGGCGCGCGGAGGGAAGGCGAGGCUGCGGCGGAUCAUGCCCAUGGUGUAGCCGCCAAGCGGAGGCAUGGCUGCCGGAAGGUUACUGCUCUAUACGGGCCUCUCGCUAGCGCUCUGCGCCCUCGGCAUGCUGGCCGUGGCCAUCUGCUCGGACCACUGGUACGAGACGGACGCCAGGAAGCACAGGGACAGGUGCAAGGCCUUCAACACCCGCCGGGUCGACCCGGGCUUCAUUUACAACAACAACAACAACUUGCCGCUCCGGGCGAGCCGCUCGCGCCUGGACCGCUGGGAGGGCAAACUCCUCCGGGCCCGGAACCGCCGGCAGCUCUUCGCCAUGAGCCCGGUUGACGAGUGCAGUCGGCAGUACAACUCCACCAACAUGGGCCUCUGGAGGAAGUGCCACCGGCAGGGCUUCGACCCCGAGAUCGCAGCCCUCAUUCGGAAAGGAGAAAUUGAGCGAUGCACGUACAUCAAAUACCACUACUCCUCAGCCACCAUCCCCAGGAACCUCACUUUCAACAUCACGAAGACCAUCCGUCAGGAUGAGUGGCAUGCCCUUCACCUGCGCAGGAUGACAGCCGGCUUCAUGGGCAUGGCGGUGGCCAUCAUUCUCUUCGGCUGGAUCAUCGGCGUGCUGGGCUGCUGCUGGGACCGAGGCCUUAUGCAGUAUGUGGCAGGGCUUCUCUUCCUCAUGGGAGGAACCUUCUGCAUCAUUUCACUGUGCACCUGUGUGGCUGGAAUCAACUUCGAGCUGUCACGCUACCCACGCUACCUGUAUGGACUUCCCGAUGACAUCAGCCACGGCUACGGAUGGUCCAUGUUCUGUGCGUGGGGGGGCCUGGGCCUCACACUGAUCUCGGGAUUCUUCUGUACCUUGGCCCCUUCUGUCCAACCUGUCCCGAGGACCAACUGCCCUAAAUCCAGACCCGAGAAUGGGACAGUGUGCUAAAAAACCCAUACAUAUAUAUAUAUAAAUAUAUAUAUAAUAUACAUAUAUAAAACAAACUAACUCAAGAUGAUGCCACUGCCAAGGUAGAGGUGAGUUGGCUCAGGCACCCGCAUCUCGUCGGACUUUGUGUUGCCUCAUCACCAGGAUGGGGAAAGCGUCCCCAUCAUGUGGCUCUUCCAUCCCUUCUUAACUUUUGGCUCCAUGGUUUCUUGAAGACAGAACGAACAUCACCCCCCCGUGGUAGCGUCCUGAUUCCCGUCCCUCACGAGGAUGGGGUGGUGGGCCGGGAAGGGACAUGUCGCCAGUGGUGUCUGAAGCGGCACGGAUGUAGAGAAGGUGGUGCCGCCCUUGGGCCCGCAGUGAGGACACCACCCCAACACCGAUCAUAUCGCAGAGAAACAAAGCCCGUACGUAGUUCAUAGAAUGUAACCAGAUCUUUGAGAUCAUUUGCAGAACCACGUCUCCUGAUCUUCCUGUUCUGGUUCCCUUCCUGGCCCACCAGCGACACAUGAGAAGUGGGAGAGGAAACAGACCGAGAGGAAGUUUUCUCUUCGUUGCCGAACUUUUGGACCAAGCUUUAGAGGUGGGAAGGGGGAGAGAACAACGUGCUGAGAGGCAAGAUCCACGUCAAUAAAGGGACACUUCAGUGGAUGCUCAGAAAACCCAGUCUUACCUUCCAGCUGCCUUAUACCCAGUUAAACAAGAGGCCGCCCUGCCCCUGACCACACCUGCCGUCCUGCUCGGGCAGACUGGAGCCUUGGAGUAACGCUGUGAUGUGUGCACGUGCGUGCGUGUGUGUGCGUGUGCGUGCAAGACGACGCCUGGUGGUUUCCUUUUUUUCCUUUUCACCUUUUAAAAUGGAAAGACUGCAUCCUGACUUGUCUCCAUCAUUUGUGGUGUUUUUGCGGCCCGGGGCGGAGGCCCGAGACCGAGGGAGAAUAACGAACGGGCAAGCCAGUGUGGGCGCCUGUUCCGUAGCUUUGGAUCCCUGGCGUGUGUGCGUGUGGUGGAUGUUCUCUGAGCGUGGGCUUUUAGCGUUUGUGUUGCAUUUUUCUAUUAUUUGUAAUGUGCAGCUGAAAUUCCCAGAGGGCAGAACCAAGAACAAACCCACUGGGCCUCAGAGGGCCCCGUGGUCCUUCACGUCACAGUUCUGGGAUGCCACAGGAUUUAGUCCUCUAAAUCUGGGAGUUCAAGGCAAAGCUGGGUGCCAAAGCCAUGAGAGAAGAAGGGGAGCACGGUUCAGGAGGGAGAAGGAACGUUUCCUCUGUUGCUGUUGUACAAGUACGUACCAAACCAAACCAGACCUUCACUCCCCAUCGUGGAAGCUGUCCUUUGUCACUGGACAUCUACCCCUCUCCUAGGGGCGACCUCUGUACAGAUGAAAGAAAAUGGGUCACAUGCAGAGAGAGCACCUCCACGUCCCAUGGGCUUGAGUUUGUACGAUAUUGUGUAAAUUAAUGGAGAACUCUGGACUCUUUCCAUCUUUUUCCUUUUCCUCUUGAUAUUCAAGGCCAUGCAUCCCCUAAUAGCCGUCAUAGUGGCUGGCCCCCAGACAGAGGUGGCAGAAGUCCAGCCCAGUGUCUCAGGCUCAUUUGAGCCGAUUGGCCCUGCAGGUGUGGGCUAACCACGAAGUCAGCCAGAGUCGUGGGAGCUGUAGGGACGAGCAUCUGCUGGGAAGAGUGGGCAGGAGCCGCUGACAGUCACCUUGGGGACCCUGCGGGGGCUGCGCAGCCCUGGGGAGGCAAAGAGUGAAUCCCCGAGCUGCACAGUCCUGGGUCAAACCAUGCAGCUGAGAAUUCAGUUGCUUCAUAACGAAGAGUGCUCGGGGCACUUUGCCAACGACAGCUCACCAGCCUUCCUUCCCAUCCACGCACCUGUGUCAUCUACCUGUCUUCUGAUCUAUCUUCCUACCUUUCCCACCUUUCCUCACCUACUAACCACCUCUCCCUCUUCUGUCCACCAGGCUACCAGUCCUGCCUGUCUCCUCAUCUGCUCUCUCUGACUGUGUGUGUGUGUGUGUGUGUAAUUCACAUCCAGAUGGAACAUCCCAUGGGCAUGAAUGGCCUGAAUGUGGGGUGUCUGUAUAUGUGUAACCCUCCGGUGCAUCUUCGGUGUGUUUGUAUCAAUAUAACCCGGACGCGGGUGUGGAUGUACUACUCAAGGCUUCCUCCCCACGACACUGGGCGGCUUCUGCAGAAGGUCUCACAUGCGCUUGCCCCUUGUAUGGGUGUGCCGAGAGAUGUGGGAUGAGGUAUGGAGCAGGAAAUGCUAUUACCUUCCAACUGGGCUUCUAAGGAUUUUUAAAAUAAAGGAUUUAUUCUUUGAGAAGAGAAACCAUUUUCAGAAAAACCCAAUUUUUCUAUUGUAUAUGGAAUUUAAAAAAAAAUUUUUUCUUGAAGAGUUAAGAUUUCCCCCUUCGAGGCAUACUGGGGCUUGAGGAAAAGUGAGAAGCAUCCCAGAUUGAGAGGCCUUGUGUCUUCCUUCCAAGUGUCUUGAGUGGGCUCCGCCAAGCAGGGAGGGGCAGGUGUCCAUGAGCGUCUGUUUGGGGAACAGAGGGCUUGUCUGUGACCAGACCCAAACUCCAGCUGUUUCCCAGCAGGAAGAUGGGGAAAGCAUUUCGAAAGGGGGCAACUUGAUACCAUUUAAACUUCUCUUAAGCAGCCAUGUUUGAACAUACUGCUUCACCGACCUGUGACUAUUUAUACCUUCUUUUUUUUAUCCCAUGCUUGCCAUAAAUGGAUCAGCCACUCUUUCCAGCUACUCAUCUUUAGGAUCGACCCUUAAUUGUGUCCCUUCAAAACCUUCCUGAAAUGUUAAGAGAUUCCUGAGAAAGAAGUCAACCACCUGGGCUUACCUCAACCAUCAGGAGAGCGGGAACGUUGAGCCAGAUAGGAACAGAUACACUCUGAGGUCUGAACCUGCUUGGGGCCAAUAAAAAGCCUAAGCCACGGGUCAGGAUGGAAGCCCUGUACAGAUGGCAAGUCCUUGCCUGGGUGGCCUCGAUCCCUCCGACCUAGGGGUCCAGGGUAAGACCUGCCGCCCUGUGGUAUCAUCGAGGCAGUGGCCUGGCUGAGGAAGGAGAAAGGGAGGGGGAGGGAGAAGGACGAAGGAGCCUCUGCCAACUUCACCUCAUGGUAGAACCCAACCUUUGGAUUGAAUUUAGGGUUAGCAGCCUCAUUAAAGCCCCAGCCCUGACCCCAGGUCAAGUUCAAAUUUCUUAACAGGUGUGCGUGCAAGUUCUCUGACCAUGGAUGUGUUUUGAGCUCCAUGUGAAUCAGCCUUAAGCAUGGGCCCAUUUCAGCUUUCAUUUCCUCCCUUACCCUAUGAGAUUGGGGAUUCAGGGAAGUGGAACGUCUGCCUGGAAAGAGGUCCUAUUUUUUUCUCUCCCCGUUUUGGGAGCUUUGGUUUCUCCAUGUUUCCUUUUCCUCUCCCUCCACUCACUUCCACUUUCCUUCUGCAUCAACUUGAAAUAGUUGAUUGAAAGAGUUCAGGCAUUUGUCUCCAGAGGGGCUCAUUCUCACACUCCAAGCAGCCACCUUCCUCGUCUGUUGUGGCUGCAGGCUUCAAAAGGAGGUCGGUAGCUUCCUGGCAUGGAAAUAUUAAAAAAAAAAAAUCUAAAUGUGCCUAUUACAGCUUCAGUCCUCCUGAAAGCCUCAGCCUUUCAAUAACGACAUCCUCUCAGCUUCAGGGAUCACAAAGUCAGGAAGACUCAACAUCUCCACCAAAUCAUGACAAAGCCUUCCUUGAUCAUGUGUCCAUAUGCAGCACCCUGAGCCCAUUCUGGUAUCUUCUCUCAUUGGGGGUGAGUGGUUCCACCUAAUAGUGCUUGCCUUUCCUUUGAUAAGGGAAGAUGAUCUCCUGGAACUCUUUGAGUAUGGGCCCUCCCUUGUAAUAGUCCUCCACCGUCAUGAGAAGAGGUCUGAAAUGAACCACACGUAGUUGUUCUGAUUUAAUGGGGGAUGUGCUGCUUAGGUCCCUAAAGCUGCCCACCGGAGUCAGACUCAGCGUAAUGAAAUCAAGCACCCAGAGGCAUUGACUCUGUCUUCACCUGGCUUACUCUGGGAGCGUUAAUUAACUGGUUUUCAAGCGUCUGAGGGAAAGAAGUGGAAAGAAAUACACUCUGGUCAUCUUUGGUGUGGUUUGUGAGGGUUGCUUGGGUGAUUCUCGCAGCUAAAGGGAAGCUGCCUUUUCGGAAAAUGUUCCUCCUUGCUCCAGGGGCCAACCAUCCCAGUGGACAAAUCCAGCCCUCUGAGUCUAGGGAGAGGUGAUUUCACCAUAUUUAGAAAUCACUGGUGCCUCCCGGCCAGGUGGGCUCCUGUGCUGUCUUCUAGCUGGUAUCCGGCAGAGUAAGGGGACAGGCUUUUAAGCCCACCGGAGCUGAUAGACACAGGAGAUUCUGGUGUCUCUCAAAGCAGUCAGCUUGGUGGGCUGUGUUUGCACUCUUCCCACGGCUGCCUCCCUGGUGCAAAAUGUUUCUUAAGCAUUAUUGUUAGUUCUUAGACUACACUAUUAUUGGCUAUUGGGUUACCUUUUCUGAGUAAUAGGAAACUGUAGAAAAUUAGAAAAAUAGAGAACAACAACAACAAAAAGACUAGAGGAUUGUUUAUAAUUCCAUCACUCAGGGGCAUCCUGAUGGUCACAGCUCCAGCAACUUCCAGCAACUUCUGGUUGUCUUGGGCUGGCAGUCGGGGCUAGGGGUGUAGUCCCAGACCGCAGAACCACACUGGUCUGCGUGGACUUGACCCUGUGUUCCUAGCAGAAGGAGACUGCAAAGAGACUUUGAAAAAGGUCAAUGCCAGAGCUUAGGGAUGGGCAGAACAGAAUGAAGAGAUUCCUACUUUGGGAAUUUUUUUUCCUUUUCUCCUUUUUUUUUUUUGAGAGCUAUCUCAAUCUAAUUGUAGGUGUAAGAGCAUGGAAGCCAGAGUAACUCACUAAUUAAGCUAUGCUCUGUAACACAGUUACUGUAAAGUUCAUUUCAGCUCUGCACUAAAAUGAUUUGUGACUCGGGGCACUAGGUCUUCUCCAUACUUGAACUUCCUCAUCCACAGAAUGAGGACACUUUACCUCGUGGCAUGUUAGGGUGACAAAGACAUUGCAAAGUGAUUUGCAAACAAGACGUGUCACAUGAAUUAUGCACCGUUCAAAUGAUUCGGCAGCAGCAGAGCCCCCGCCUGCGUGGAAUUCUUCCGUGUGGUGUCUGGACCUCACUGCUGAAAGGACAAUUGAGAGUGAGCGGUCACCUUGGCCACCAAACAGGACCGACCCUAUCCAGCUUCAGCACAUGGGAUUCUAGUCUCUCAUUUGGGUCCCUCACAGAGGUUGACUCCUUAAUUUACCCAUUCUCAGGCUUCCUUCCUUUGGUCCAAAGCCAAUUUUGCAAAGGGCACUCUUAAUCCUUCUUGAUUAAUCCCAGAGGUCAUGGAAUGAGUAAACCAUAUGAAACAAAUAGCAUAUACGAGCUGAAACAGUUAACUAUUAAGCAGGGGCCAGUGCCUUUUUUUUUUUUUCUUUCCUGUAAACACUGAUUUGUAGCUGUACAUGCCCUACUGGUGGGAACAGAUCAGGCUCUGAAACAUUUUAAUGGUCUUUUAAGUUUAAGAUGGGAACAAGUUUCAAAGAACUGGAAUCUUCUUUCUCUUGUCAGUUGGUGAAGCAGAUGGCUUCAUCAAAAGCAUAUGGGUUCUCAUAGGAAGUCCUUUGGAUGGUGCAUUCACUAGGUGAUGUUCUGGGUGUGAUCCUAUUGGGGAAAAACCGAAUCCUAGGUUCUAGACAAGAAUGUGCUUCCAAAAGGGUCUGCACACUUUGUGCUUUGCAGGGGAUCCGGGUUCAGUGUGACGGUGAGACCUUCUCUAAGGGAAGUCCAAGUCCUUGCUCACUGGUAGGGAGAGAGCCCGGCCAGGAAUGGGGGGACUACCCAACUAUAGGGGGUGUUCGUUCACUACUGAGAAGCAGAAAACGGGGUGUAAGCAUGGGGCGUGCACACAGCAGCAGCUCACACCUGGCCUCACUUUGACAGAUGCCGACCUCGGCAACCGCCGCCCUGUUCUUCAUUUCCAAGGACUGGGUGUUGCUUCUUGGGGGAACUCUCUGUGUCCCUCUCCCCCGUCUCCCCCGACUCCCUCUGGCCCAACCUUUCCCUUCCUUCCCUGGUCGCCUGGAGAGCCUUUCGAGGCUGAAUGUAUCGGUGUGUCUGUGUUGUUGUGGACGUGAUGAUGCUUUUCACAUAAGCAGCUCUCACUAACUCAUUCUCAGACUCCUUUCCCACUUCCACCCGUGGUGUGACUGUUUUAGAUCCAAGACUCUCUGUAAAAAUGUAUAGAUAAAAGCGGGAACUGAAAAUAAGGGGGAGGGAAUUGAGACUAAGCAAAUGCAUUGAUGGAGCCCUCAGUUUUUGGAGGACUUAUGUAGACUGCCCUAAAAUCCUGAACCUGGGCAGGAUUUGAAGGGAGGGAAGUCGUUGGCACAGGAGUUUGUUGUGGUUUUGUGUUUUUCUUUGUUUUUUGUUUGUUUGUUUGUUUUUCUGGUUGUUUCUCUGACAGUCACUAGUGUCUGCUUGGGACCCUGUGUUCUAAAGCUUUUUUGCCUUUGAAGUAAAAAUAUAUGUUCCAGAAAGUAAAAGUGAGUCAUCAAAGUCUGAAGGGUGAAGGUCAUCGCGAAGGUCAACACAAAGACCUGAUCCUGGGUUCGCACUCGUAGCUUCGUCUCUGGCUCACUUGGGGCCUCGGGCGAGUCUCGUUACCUCACUGUCUCUGCAUCUUCUCGGCCACACGGGGAGCAGGGGGGCUCCCGGGGGCACCACGUCUCCUUGGCCAUUCUGCUGCUAUUCUUAGAGGCUUCGAGCCCCCGCGGGUGCUCGCUUGCCGCCUGAAGGCCCGUUUGGAGGGUUUUACUCCCUGCUCCUCUUGCCCCUCUCACUCCUCAGAAAGUAACCUUGCGCUAACAGCCAGUUUGUGCUCCAGUCCAAAGCCUUUGAUCUACCUUUUUGUUCUCAGAUGCCUUUUCCCACCCACUUUGCCAUUCUCAUUUUACUGUCCUUACCAACAGAGUUUUGCCAGCUGGGGUAGGAGAAGAGUAUCAGAGGAGAGGGCGCCUGUGAAUUGCUUGUCAUCUGUGACUCACUGUACAAACCUGGUUUGCGAGGUCAGAAGCGGGUAGGCCGGCUGGGGGAUGCCGCCACGUCAGAACGAAGAAAGCACUGGGGGCUGGGGGGUGGGGUAAGGGCAGUGGGCAGCAGCUGUGAGUUGCCAGUGGAGGAAAGAUAAACCUUUCGGAAGGGGAAAAGGCAGAGUCACCAGAGCAUCCUCCGCAAAGCAGCGAGACGGAUCCCUGAAAGGCCAGGCACUCUGAAGUAAGGGAAUGGGUAAUCCGAUAGCACAAGGAGCUGCCUCCCCUAGGACUGAGAAGAUGAAGGGCCCUUGUGGGGGGCGAGGGGUUCACACCAAGCUUCACCUAACCCUCCCAUCCAUGGCGCCUUCUGUCCAAACCUUCCUCCCUUCCGACAGGCCACAGUGAUCAUCAUCCUGGGACCGGCUUCAGGAAGGCGAUUUAGACCAGUGCCGUCCAACGGAGAUAGAAUGUAAGCCACAUAUGCAAUUUUGAAUAUCCUAGUACCCCCCCCUUAAAAGUCCAGAUAAACAGGUGAAAUUCAUUUUAACACCUAUUUCAACCCAACAUAUCAAAAGUCAUUAUUUUAACAUGGAAUCAAUAUAAAACAUUACUGAAAUAUUUUACAUCUGUUGUCUUUUCAUGAAGCCUUUGAGAUCCAGUGUGGAUUUUAUUCUUAGAAAACACUGCAGUUUGGACCAGCCACAUCUCCAGUGCUCAACAACCACACGUGGCAAUUGGCUGCCAGAGAGGGCAGCAAAGGUUUAGACUCUUUGUUAAGAGACCGAAUAGGACCCCCUCCCCUGUAAGUCACUCGGAUCUCCCAGCUGACAGAGGCCAGAGGUUGGCUUUGGCCAAGAGUAGGGAGCACAGCAGGGGUGGCCAGGCUGCCAUCCUGGCCCCUGAAAUUCCACCUCACCUGCCUAGUCGGAGGGGAGGACCAUUGCUUGUCAAAUACAUGUCACAUCUGCCCCACAGGGUGUCAGCACUACCCCUGGGCAUGGUGCCAAUGACUCAUCAAAGUUCUAGAGGCCAGAGCAGGUCACUUUCUUCAUCUACGGGAGCAUCAACUUAUCCCUUAUGCCCACGUCCUUUAUCUUACAAUGGAGAGGGGGGCCAGACAGGCCUCCUCGUGGUCAAGAAUAAUGAUCACAUCAUUUUGUCAUCUAGUCCCAGUCACCUGCUAAUAACAUCUCACCAAUAUUGGGAGCUGUUUUUUUCAACCCCUUAAUUUCCUUACAUUUGUAUCUUAAAGUCAAGUGCUGAAAGGGGAUGUACUGGAGAGAGCAGUGACCACGGGCAAGGCUGGGUUUUCUAGGAGGUGGUGGUGACAGAUUCUGUCCCUUGCACUGGGAACUCAGCCCACCAUUGCCUAUCUGUCCUCGCUAACUAGGGACCUUCCUUAGAUGUGAAGAAACCUCUUCUCUUUGGGGCUGGGGUGGAUGGGGAAGAAGACAAGUUGCAAGAUCUUAGCACAGAGAACAGAAUAAAAUGCAAGCAGGCAACCCCUGGGCAUUCUCAAAGCAUUUCAAAGAGCCAGUAUGACAAGAUUUAACUCAUUUAAAAUAGAACAUUCUGAGCCGUAUGUAUGUUACCAAGUGAAAGAAAAUGAGCCGAUUUGGUGAGUAUGUUUUAUAUAUGUGGUCAUUAGACAGGGGCCGUAGCUGACGAAACUCUCAAACACCUGGGGAGUGUUUAUGGUCCACCAGAUUAUUGCUUGGUCAAUAUAAAUUUCUAUGAAUUUACCUUUCAUUUGCAUAGUGCUUUCUGAUUGGUUAGACAAGGAGUGGUGUGUACUGCAGGAUUCCAACACCACCUCCGCCCUGGGAGGUAGCAAUUCCUGCGGUUAUUGGUGCUAAAAUAAGAUUAAAUAUUAUGUUAAUUCGUUCUGAUACGAUGUGAAUAAAUGUGUUGUUUAAUCUUAACAAGUAUGCUACAUCUUAUCAGAUCUAUUGUACUGUCUGUUCCUUCUCAUAAUUAAUUAAUUACAGGAAAGGUGAUCCAAACCAGAUCUUGAAACUGUUGUGCUAUUCGGAAAGGUGAAUUUAACAGGGAAGUGGGAGGGGGGAUGAAAAGGGAAAUUGCCAGGUUCCUGUGAUUUUUGCAAGGACUGAGGAAGCAGAGAGCAUUUGGGGACUUCACUGACACUGACUGCAUCUUGCAAUUUUCUUUUUCAAAUUGGCAGAAAUAUUGUCUUUCCAUCGAUUGAAGAAAAAAAAAGUGUCUGGUAAUUAAUUAAAUGACUUGUUCAUGGAAAAAAUAAAAAUAAAUAAUCUGUCAGUUGUGGAAUGUAAACUGAUUAAACAAUUAAAUAAAGAAGAUCAUGUUGUGUGUUUUAA